AUGACGCCCAGCUUCGUGCUACCGCUCUCAGCCCUCCCUGAUGCUAUCAUAGACAGAGUCCUCAGCUACUUAGAGGUGGCUGAUCUCACCCAAUUGAUCGGAAACAGCGACUUUCUCUGUGCCAAUCCUGAUCUCCUUGCAGCCAUAGCCAGAAAGCUCCAAGCCUCAAACAUCUCCUACAACAACAGAAUUGCCCAGUACUCGUUUUUGCACAUGUACUUGCGAACACCAACCUACAUCAACAAACGCAACUUGCAAUUUCUCUCCCAUCGCAGAGACUUAUAUAGACUCGUACAAUUUGAUAGAAUACUUGAACGUAGAAAAGAGUGCGGAAAGGAGCUUAUAGACUCAAUUGCAUUCAAAACUGGUCUUGCCACUUGCAUCACCAUAAGUUACUAUAUUUGGGACUUGUCAGACAUUGCUGACUUUCUUGAUCUUGUACUUCUGAUUGAGCCUUCAUCCUUGACCUACAACUUGGAAUUGGAAUUUGACCCUGCCCUUCGUUACCUCAUAGACCUUCAGUAUAUGUUAGGCUUGUGUCUGUCCCAUUUGAACAAACAAACACCCGAUGGAUUUCAGUCACUUCUCGUAUAUAACCACAACCAUGCGGGUGACUUUGUAUUCGACAUGGCUAAUACCAACUUCCUAGCGUUGCAGAAUGUCUGGUUCGAGAAUUCCAAUGUCAAAAUCAAGUCUUCCUGGGGAAUGACUCAGUUAAAAGAUCUCAAUUUGCACCCAAACAACCACGGCUAUAAUCUCAACCAUCCUAUCCGUAUCCAGAAGUUCUUUCCUCAACAUUUGAGAGAACUCAAACUUGGAAAUUGCAUUAUAGGCGAAAAAACAACUAAUUACCCCAUACCAUCCAACCUUCGCUCUAUUAGUCUCAGAACCAUAAGAGAUGUAUCUAACGAAACAACGUUUUGCAAGAUUCUUCUUUUGACAAACUUGCAGAAUAACCUUGAGGAAUUAACAGUAGAAUCCAUCUACAAUCAGACGAACUCACAUGUGGAUUUUUUUGAGUUGAUUGAACCCAACGAAAAUAAUCUCGACACAUUCAUAUCCUCUUUGCCUCGCUUCUUGACUAGUUUGAACCUUUCCAACAAUAAUAUUCAAGACUUGUCUCAACUUGGCAAAGACAUCCCCGCUACGAUUGUAAAGCUUAACCUAGCCGAUAACACUAUCAAUUGGGCAUUGCAUAUUCCAGACUUUUCUCGUUUGGACAAGCUAAAGAUUCUCAAAUUGUCCAAUACCCAUCUUGGAGCACAUUUGGCAAGUUUGAAAUUUCCCGAUCUGAUAGUUGAGCUUUCGCUAGAAGUAAACCAGAUUGUCACAUUGGAAAAUGUUCGUUUUCCUAAAAGCUUGAAAGACUUGGGUGUGGGAUCAAAUAAAAUCACUUCAGUAGGCAACAAUCCCAUGUUUCCUAAGGGUAUUGGCACCAUACAUUUCACUGAAAACAAACUCAGCGGAAGUUUCGAUCUAAGCACCAACCAUCUUGGAGAAGAACUCGAUUUGAAAGUUCUAUAUUUGAACUUCAAUAGUUUCAAACAUUUCAAUCAAAUUAAAUUGCCUAGCAAUCUCCGGUUGUUGAAUUUUGACGAUUGCAAAUUUGCCAAACUUGAGAAUAUUCACUUCCAGGACUCCAUUGAAGAGUUGAGUUUCAGUGGCUGUACUAUAUCAAGUAUUCAAAACGUAACUUUUGGAUCCGAGUCAAGACUCAAAUAUUUCAAUCUCUCUCAAAACAGCAUUCGCAAUAUUGAAUCGCUUAGAUUACCUGAUUCUAUUCAGACAUUUGAUAUCAGUUCCAACUUGAUCGAGUCGAUUCCAAGUCCGGAUUACUUCAAUUUGGACAACAUUCAAGUCGUGCGUUUGACCCACAAUAGACUCCGAUCGGUUUCUCUUAGACUUUUCACUAAGCUCAGGGUAUUAGAUUUGUCAUUCAACAUGAUCAAGAAGCUUCUGUUGCGAUUCCCGAGAAACUCUACUACCAAGUUGAAUAUCAUCAACUUAUCACAUAAUGAACUAACGAGCAUUUCUCCACAAGUAGUAGGUCACAAUGUAGAUGGCACCUAUCACUCCCAUUUGGUAGAGAUAGACAUCAUCAACAACCGCAUGACAACAGAAGAUAUAAAGAGCAAACUUGAUGAGUUUCCAGCGCUCAAAUGUUUCCUUGUAGGAACCACAGGAAAACAGGAUCGGUUCGGCUACGAGAUUGGCAAGAACCUCAUCAACGAAGGAUUAUGUUUAGGUAAACGAAUUGAUGAGUUGAGCAUGUAA